AAUGAUAAAAAAAGGAUGAAAGGGGAAAAGAACAGGGAACAGCGACAGAAGGAGAGAAGAGGAGAGAGGAGAGAGGAGAGAGAGAGAGAGGGCGAAGGUGAAGCAGAGCUUUUUUACAGGGGAAGCUAGGGUUUGGCUGAAGUGACGGAGAGGGUUUGAGAGAGAAAUAAGGAAUGAAGAGGAAGUUGGUAUGGAGAUUAUGAGGAUGUGCGGGAUCAACAGUUGAUGUCCGGUGACGUCUAGGGCUUUUACCAUUAAGAAAACUUCCAUAUAUACUUCAUCACAGAUCUUUACGACAUGGUUUCCUGGAACAGCUAAAGAGGGCAAACCUAUCUUGUAAGCAUGAUAUAGUUAGAAGAGCUUAUUAUCCUGUGUUUUAGCAAUAUGACACUUGAAGAUUUCUUCACUCUUACCGAAAUGAAAAAUGGUCUCACAACUUGUGCAAGAGUUGAAGAGCUAAUAUGUGUGAUGCAAAAACUGAGUUGUGUUACGAAUAAUGUGGGCGAUGCAGCAAGGCAAUGGUCAACUGCUGCGAGGACUCUAGCUUCCACACAAAAUAAGGAAUGCCUUAGUCUCUUUGUUCAUUUAAAUGGGUUAGGCUUUCUCAAUCAUUGGCUGCAGGAAGCUGAUAAAUGCAGCAAAGAUGUUGCUGAUGGUGAAGAAUUGAUUAAUACAUUAAUAGGAUCACUUGACAAGCUCCCUAUGAACCCUGAAAAGUUAAGGUCAUCUGGAAUAUUCACAACUGUUGAGAAGCUUUUUGGCCAUACAAAUGCCAAUAUCAAGGAAAGAGCUCGAAUGCUAUUUGACAAGUGGAAUAACAGAACGGCUAAUGAUAACGGUUGCCAAGAGAUAGAGAAAGACGGUUCGCAUACUGUUGGUAAUUUCAAAACUUCUAGUGAUAUACCCUCCAUUGAGGUCAAACAUACUGUGGAAGAAGUUGUUGACAAUUCUUUUGCCCAAACAUGUGAUGAAGGGAGCUGCAAAGUUGGUUCAGGUAGAAUUCAAAACCUAUUAGUAACAAGUGACAAUGAUCACCAGUCAGGGAAUGCAGAUGAUGUAAAAUGUUCAACUCCUAGUCAAACCUUGCCAGUGUUAUCUUCCAUUGAAAAUGAACAUCACACGUUGCCCCCAACUACCUUAGUCUCUGAUUCUGGUCAAGAGAAUUUUUCUGUUCAAGAAGGAAAUUUUAUUCCUAAAGCAGGAAUUGUAUUUUCCACUGCAACUGCAUCUCCUGAGAUUCAGGUCAAAGAUGAUGAUCCAUGCAACGCUUCAGCAACGAAUGAUGUCAAGGAAGAGGAGAACAGGGGGAGAGGUGACUCACGGGAGUUUCGAGAGACUUCUAGUGUUUUGUCAUCUUCUGAUUUAUCUGUGACUUCAGAUACAAAAAAUUCUAAAGUUGUUCGCAGUGCAUCAUGCAAUUUAACACUAAACGAGGGAAAAUCAACUUUAUCAGAUGCUAAGGAAACCCUCCAUAGGUGUGCCAGUGUAGAUGGGGCAUGGCCAGAAUAUUUGAAAACAAUGAAGCAGGUUAAAUCAGGUGAGCAUGAUUCCACAGACAUCCUAGGUUCAAGUAAGGGAAGCUCAUGUAGAAAAGAAGCUUCAGAAAAUACCGGUGAUAUUGAUGACAGCAAUGAGCCCAAUUUGAAUACAUGCGAAGGAGUCGAUACAUUGAUGUAUGAUAAUCCUUCUAAAGCUUUAAAAGAUCAGGUAAGUCGAGAAAUGGAGAAGAGUUCAGAUUCAGAACCUGAAUCAGGAGAGAUGGAUGCAUUAGAAAUUGCUCGGCUGGUCGCAAUCGAAGUUGAAAGAGAAGUUGUUGAUUACAGAGAGGAAUUAUGUAGCUCUUCUCCGGAGGCGAGCUCAAAUGAGGUUAUGAAUACUGGAAGCCCUAGUAUUGACGAAGGCAAGCAGGGCCACCCUAUACUUGGUGAAGCCAAUGGGAAUGAAUUAGUUCCUAUUAACGAGGUAUGUGAUGUUGUCUCUUCUCCAAAAGAUGAUAAUCAGAUGCUCGUAGAAUUGGCUACAGAUCCUUCAAAACAGGAGCAAAUUUUGGAAUCCCAAAAUGGAGCAGCAGUUUUUCAGGGCUCUAAAGCUGGGGCUGAAAUGGGCAAAUUUGACUUCGAUCUAAAUGAGGAUGCCUUCACUGAAGAUAUUGAUUGUGCAGUGAAUCCUGUUCACCCAAGUAAUUUAGUCAACUUAUCUGCACCAAUAGCUGUUUCUGCUUCAAAAGGAGCUCCUUUAUUUCCGACCACCCCGCUAUGUUUUGAAGGUGGAUUGGGUUGGAGAGGUUCUGCUGCUACAAGCGCUUUUCGACCUGCAUCUCCUCGAAGGGCUUUCGAUGUUGAAAAGUCAGAGUCAGGCUCAAAGUAUAAAUCAAAUUUGAUCGAACUAGAUUUAAAUGUGACAGACUGUGAGAAUUAUUUACCUGUGGACGCUGCUUCAUUAAAAGAGGUGCCUGUUUCCUCUGGUAUGCCUUCAUGGAACUCAUCCUCAGAAGUUAGUUCACUGCGAACAGAGAAGAUAAAACUAGACCUUAACAGUUAUGGAGAAGAUGAAGCAACACCAUCUCAGUCACCACUUAUAAAGCAUCAUUUUCUGAACGGAGGCCAAAGCUCAUCAUCUCCGGCAUCAUCAGCAUCGCAAAGACAUACUCCACGCAAAAACUUUGACCUGAAUGACAAUCUGUUUUCAUCUGAUGCUGCUGUUUCCAAAAAUAUCAACCUAUCCAAGGCUCCUGCUAAACCAAAUACAGUUAAAACUGAUGAUCCAGUAAUCACCAUCAUGGGCUCAAGAAUGUCUGUGGAGAGGAGACCUGACACCAAUCAAACACAUCAGUCCUAUAUAGGAAACGGAUUAAGUUUUGAUUCGACCUUUCCGAACGGGCCUAUGCUACCUUAUCCGCAUCAAAUCCCGCACCCAAGCUAUGGCUAUUUUGCACCUGGUACAGGAAUGGCCUUACCUUUCCAACCAGCACUAUACAGUAUUGGAAAUAUCCCACACAUGGUUGAUUCUAGAGGGGCUACUGUUGUCCCCCAGUUACUGAGCGCAGCUGGAGCAAAUGGUACACCAUUAGCAACACUACCUUACUUAAUGAACAUAACAAACACCCCUUCAAGCUCUAAUGGCGGCGGGUCGUCUCAGCCAGGUUUAGAUUUGAACUUUGGUAUAAUGCAGAUGGAGACUGGAACUGCUGAAAUGGGGAACAUGAAGCAUCCAUUAAUGCCUGCGCAUCCUAGUUUGAUGGAAGAACAGAUUAAUGGAAAUCCCUUGAAGAGGAAGGAACCUGACUCUGGCUGGGAGCCCUACAGUUUUGGUUACAAACAUUUGGCUUCAUGGCACUGAAGAUUGAACUUUCUCACUUUGUUAUACUUUAACAUCCUAAGCUCACUUUUCCUUUUUUAUAUCUCAAUGGCUCCCUUCUUAAACAUGAAUGAUGGAGCUAUUCAUCUUCAUCUUCAUCUUCAUCUUCCUUCUUGUGGUGGAUCUUCCUUGCAGUUCCAGGUAUAAAAAAGUGAAUAAGGUCGAUUAUAUAUUGUAGACGUUUAGUAUGAUUGAUUAUAUGAUAUAUCUAUUUCUUGUUCUUUUUUUAUAGUGACCAGUCUUGCAAUUGAGAGAGAGAGGGAUGGGAUCUUCUGUGUACAUUUUAUCUUAAAAUUUCUAAAAAGUUGGGGGGUGCCAAGCUUUCUUUCUUGGUUCAUGAUGCAUUUUAUUUCAUCAUUCAUGUAAUUAGUUAUGCUUUCAUUUCUGAAAAAAAUACAGCCAAAAUGCUGCAAAUGCUAAUCUUUAUAAUGCUUUUCAUUUGGAUGAAA